UCUCACGCUGUCGCUGUCCGAGGAGAGUGUGGAGCUGGAAGAGAGGGCCGCCACAUGAAGCAGUUCUCCGCUGCUACUUUGGACAUUCGCCGGCUAUGGUGGACGCCUAGGACGCCUUCAGAAAUGCUUUCCAGCGAGCCUUGUCGUGCGCGUGUUUUGCAAUGAGUUUGUUAAGUCGGUUCUUAGGAGAAAUAUGAGAAAUUUCAAGAAUGCGACACGUACUUGUGUGUUAGUAGCCAUCGGAGUAAUUUUUCAAGUUUUUGUGCCUGUAAGAUGUGAAGAAAAAGAGAUAUACCGAGGAAAAUUUCUUGGCAAAAUUAAUUCAUAUCAUCAUCAAGUUUCUGGAGAUGUCUAUGCAGUAGAUGAGUUCACAUUCCUCUUGACCGAAUUUAAUUAUGAUGGCAAUGGAGCAGACACAUUUUUCUGGGCUGGUGCAUCAAACCGGCCAGGUCCACAAGGAUUCAUCGUUCCUGAUGAGUUUGGAAAGACAAAUAUCUUGGCUCGAUAUUUUAAUAAAGACUUCACUAUCACAUUACCAGAUGGAAAAAAAAUCACAGAAAUCAAAUGGCUAGCUAUAUAUGAUCUCACAAGUCAGAAUGCCUUUGGAGAUUUGUACAUUCCAGAAGAUUUUGAACCACCAACAAUACAGAAGAUUUCUCAGUUAAGUAAACGCUCACAUGAUGUUGAGUCAGAGUCAAUUGAAAUAAUUGAUGCUAAAACAUUUCGGAUACCCGAGCUUGUCUACAAUGGAGCAGGGAAAGAUACCUAUUUCUAUGUGGGCAUAGGACCACAGCCUUCAUCAAAGGGGACAAAAGUCCCAGAUGAAUAUGGAUACCUGGAUCCAAUAAGAGCCUACAAAAGAGAGACCAUCACUCUUGAGCUGCCUGGUGACAUCACAAUAUUUGACAUUGAUUGGUUUAGUAUUUAUGAUGUAGAAUCAAAAGAAAACUAUGGAUCUGUUAUUGUCCCUAGUGGCUUAAAUGUGCCACCCUCACUAGUCAAAAUCAUUCCUCGUAAGAUAGCUCUUCCAAACUGCUACCAACUGCAUAAAGAUUUGCAAGUUGGGUGGGAGGUUUUCGGACCUCAAAUUACCAUCCAGCUAGCUGGGCAAAUAGAUGAAAAUGCUUACAUGUCCUUUGGCCUUAGUGGUGCAGUUGAUCGUAGUCAAAUGAUGGGUGCCGAUGUUGCUGUUGCUUACAUGGAUGGCUUCCGAGGAUAUGCAUCCGAUUAUAACAUUACUGCUCUAUCUCCUUGCAUCAAGGUUUUGGGCCAGCACAAAGGGGUAUGUAGAGACGACCUGAUUGGAGGUUUGGAUGACAACCAACUUCACACAGCGGAGAGAGUGGAUGGAAUUACCCACAUUACCUACAGAAGAACAUUAAUGUCUGCUGAUAAGGGUGACAGGGAAUUUUCAACAGAAGGUGGAGUGUACGUUGUAUGGGCUUUGGGACACUUGGACCACAACAAAGAGCCCACCUUCCAUGAUUUUUACCCUCGCGGCAAUAUACGGUUGGAGCUAUCAAGAAAAGACAAGUAUGAUAACUGCUUUGCGUUUACAAAACCCUUAGGAAAGCUCAGAGAGCCCUGGGAGCCAAACCUUAUCCUUGACCGUACCACCAGGACAUUUACAGCUACUCUUGGUCCAUCUGGAGGGAAGCGUGGAUAUCAGGGAUUGACAGGCAUGACAUCCAUGGGAUUAGCAUGGUACAUAAAUGGAAUGCUCGCACCUGAACUUUGGAUGCGUCGAGGUUUGACUUAUGCCUUCCGUGUCCGUGGAGGCAACAAUCCUCAUAGUGCUGAGACAUAUCAUCCUCUCAUUAUUACGGAUGAGCCACAUGGAGGCUUUGAUCGUCUGAGUGAUGCGGCACAGCGAGAAGUCAGAGUCUUAGCUGGGGUUGAAUUUCUUCGACGUGGUCAGCCUCGUCCUUUGGCAGCUGGACCCCUUUGCAUCAGUCGCCAUAAGGGAAAGGAUCGAAGGCUUGAUGAUGACUUCCCAACUUUCAAAAAGUUCAACCGCACCUUGGAAUCAACUUGUGAGACAGGUGAACCAGCAAUAUUGGAAAUUACUCCAAACACAUCAUGGCCUGACAUAGUUUACUACAACAGCUUUACUCACAAUAAUAUGGGCUGGAAGAUUCACAUUGUUGAUAACUUCGCGAAUGGCAAGUCCACACCACAAAGUUUGCCGUCAUCUGAGGUACUGUUACUGACAUGUCUCACAUUACUAGGAUUCCAAUUUGGAUAAAUUUGGACAAAUAAAUUAAAAGUGAUGUAAAUAAACAA